AUGGCCUCUUAUCUUGUUACUGGCGCUUCGCGAGGCAUUGGAUUUGAGUUCGUUCGGCAGCUAUCCACAGAUGCCAAUAACAUUGUUAUUGCUGUGGUCCGCGACAAAGAGGCAACAGAGAGGAAGAUAGCCGCGGAGAUUACUGCCUCCAAUAUCACUGUUGUCCAGGCUGACAUAACCAAUAUCGAAGAGCUUCAAGCCGCUGUCGCCAUCGUAUCCAAGAUAACCAAUGAUUCACUUGACUACAUCAUUGCCAACGCAGGCAAAAUCUCAGACUGGUCCGGCAUGGACGAUGUCCAGGAUCUAGGCUUGGCGGACCCUAAGCUUCUAGAAGAAGACAUGUUAGACCUAUUCCGCAUAAAUGUUGUUGGUAACGCGCAUCUAUUUAAUCUUGUUGUUCCGCUUGUCCGGAAAGGCACCGCGAAAAAGGUCAUUGCCAUCUCGUCAGGCUUGGCUGAGCCAACCAUGACCACCAAGUGGAAGCUGACUCUCGGUUACCCUUACGUGGUCAGCAAAGGGGCUCUGAACACGCUCAUUACAAAAUUCCAAGCGCAGUAUAUUGAUGAAGGAAUCCUUUUUCUUGCUGUAUGCCCAGGGACAGUCGACACGGGCCACUUGCUCAAUCCUAACGAAAAGCAGCAAAACAAUCUCAUGGCUAUGGGAGCAGCGUUUCAGAAGUAUCAGCCCAACUUCACAGGGCCUGUACUGCCCUCGGAAGCAGUCACAGACGUGCUCAAGGUUGUGUAUAAUGCUACCAUUGAGAAAGAUGCUGGAGGAUUUGUGUCGCAUUUGGGUAACCAGCAGUGGUUAUAA